AUGAAAGAGAAGGGAAAGGACGGCGAGAAAGCAUCAAGUAAAUCUCUCUUAUCCAAAUUUGCUUCCAAGGUUUCCUCAGCGGCAUCAACUAUUGGUAACUUUGUUGGUAUUACAAGCAACAAAGAGUCGACAUCUUUGGUCAAGAUUAUCAAUGAGUAUCUGAAUGCUGUUUCAGUGAACAACAAAGAGGUAAUUCAUUGGGAAGAAAGAAUCCUUAGCUCAGAGCUUCCAAAGAGUGAAGGGGUCGAUACUGUUAUCCUCAAACAAUUGACAGACUCAUCCCAGAAGGUGUGGCAUUUGCAAUUCUAUCUCCUAAUGAAAUACACAACAUUGAUAAAAGAUGUUCCAGAGAAAUCAGAUCUAUUCCAAUCUAUCUUAAAGAGUAGAGGUUCAUCUGAACCCAACAUUAGAAAUGAAAAGCUAAAGGAUAUCUAUUACCAGUUUUUGUGUCAGGAGUUAGACCAUAGAGUAUCGGAUGAAUCAAUGAAGAGUAUUAUUGUCUAUUUGACUUGUGAAUUCUUUAAUAUUCACGAUCUAAACGGUGCUGACAAUCAUAGAUUCAAAGAGAUUUUCCAAAUGCUGAUGGUUCAUCUGGAUCGAUAUCCAGACUGUAAAUCGAAGCUUCAUCUUCCAUACUCGAGACUCAGAGACAACACUGCAUUCUUAAACCUCUACUCUAUUCAAUAUAAAUUGUUUUCAGUAAACGAUGUAGAGGAUUUCAAAGAGAGAUUUGAUAUAUUGCUUUCAAUGUUGAAAGUGAAAAGAUCAUCCAAAUUUGGUGAUGCCUGGUACAAUUUUAUCAAAGAUAAUCUAAAGGGUUAUUGUUUGACCAAGUUAUUAUGUCUAAGAGAGAUCAGUCCAUUACUCAAUCCACAUUUGGAUUCACUCGUUCUAUUCACCCUGUUAGUUAAAUUCCCAGAUGAAUUCGAGAAGAUUACCACCAAAUACAAUACUGACCAGCUCACCAAACUGGGUAAUGAUAUCUAUUCCCAAGUCUUUGCCGAUAUCAAGGAUAAUACCAUUGAAAAGUACAUGAGAUUUAUCAAGCAUCCGUACUAUGGUCCAAUGUUCAUUGCAUUCAUAGAGAAGAAAAUUGUCAUAAAAGAGAAUGAUAUUAUAAUUCUACUGGUGGAGAGCAGUCAAGAUUAUCCCACUCUAGGGAUGUUGCAAAGCUAUUCUCUUUCCCAGAUAGGAUUUUCUUCUGCCUCUAAAUUGUCUUAUUUCUAUCUAAUGGUGCCAUCCUACAGCUUUACCAAACCUCAAAAUACAAACAAAUUUUCUCAUGUAAAGAUUAAAGAAAUUGCAGAGGAGGAGUCCAAGUUUGUAAAUAAGGUGAUCCUCAAUCAACCAAUGUCUCAACAAAUAUUCAAAAGUUACUUUGAGUUUUGUAAUCUUUGUUUCGAUAGUAAUACAGUCGAUGUUACCAAGCUUGAUUAUGUGACUCAAGUAAUGGGACAUGCUUCUAUUCCAUGUACACUUCCAAUCAUCUUAUAUUUCAACUGGGUUUUGUCAAAUUAUAACUUCAAAUCAUUAUUCACCCAAUACACUAAGCUAAACAGACUAUUGGCUUUCAUUGUACCGAAUGACUAUCCUCAUUGGAAUCAACAAGUUUUGGAAUAUAGAGAAAAGAGAGAAAUGGUAUUUUGGGAAGAGAAAUAUAUCGCCUCUAUGAUAUGUUCAAUGUCAACUCUGAACAACACACAAGGCUGA